AUGAUAGAAUUAAACAUUGAUUCAUUUUUAGAAGAAUUAAAUAAUUUAGAAAAUAUAACAUCAACAAACACUACACCAGUAAAUAAAUCAAAUAGUAGUAUUAAAAAUAAUAGUAAUAACACAAAUGUAGAAUCCUUUGAUUUACCAAAUUGGUAUGUAAAUCCUACAGGUUUAUCAGCUCAACCUGAAAUUACACCAAUUGCUCCUCAAUCAUCAAUAAUUUCACCAACCAUUCCAAAUAAUUGUAUCCAAUUAUUUAAUUUUUCAGAUAAAGAAGAAAUAUUAUCAGAUAUAAGAAGAGAAUAUUUAGAUUUUUCAAUUGAAAGUCAUAAAUUGAAUGAUGAUGAUGAACAAAAGAGACAAUCAUAUUUAAUAUGGCCAAGAAAUAUUGAUACUGAUAGUUGGGAUUUUAAAUUACUUGCAGAGCGUACAUUAUCAAUUCCAUGUUCAACAGUUGAAUUGGUUAUUGAUAAGAUUCAAUAUUCAAUUUCAAUUACAAACUAUCAUGAAGUUUUCUUAAAUACUGAAAAAACUUCUUCAAAUUCAACUUCAUUAGAUAGACCAUGGAGUAAUUCAAUAUCAAAAGAUAAUUUUCAUCGUGGUAAUACUUCAAAUUUACCAUUUUUACCUGGCGGUAUAAAAUCACCUAAUAACAAUAGUACUAAUAGUACUAAUAAUAAUAAUCAAACACCAAUUGAUUGGGUACAAUUUUGGCAUUCAAAAUCAUUAUUAGUUAAACCACCUGGUUUAGAUAAUGGUAUUUUAGAUUUUAAUGAAAAUAUUAAUAAACAAGAUAACAAACAACAACAACAACAACAACAACAACAACAACAACAACAACAACAACAACAACAACAACAAGAAAAGGAAAAAGAAGAAGAAGAAGAAGUUAAUUUAAGAUAUACAUUAAAAGAUUUAGAAAGAGAAAUUGAAGAAGAAAGAAAGAGAGAAGAAGCUGAGGAAGCUGAAGUUUAUGAAGAUGAUGAUCAAGAAGAUGAUUUAGAUAUUGAAGAAGAGGAAUUGGAUGAAUUGGAUGAUAUUGAAAAAACAAAGGAAGAAAUUGAUGAUAUUAUUAAAUCACCGCCUCAACCAACCUCAUCAUCAUUAUCAACUUCAUCAUCAUCAUCGUCAACAACAUUAAAAGAUAAAAAUAAAAUUGAAAUUGAAAUUGAAGAAGAAACAAAGAGAAAAGAAGAAGAGAGUAAAAAAGAGAAACAGUGGGCAUUUUUGGAACAGAAAGAGAUAACUUCACCAUUAUCAGAUUUAAUAACCAAUCCAGCUAUAGAGUAUCCAUUUGAUUUGGAUUCAUUUCAAAAACAAGCUAUCGUUCAUAUGGAGCAAGGGGAGUCUGUGUUUAUUACAGCACAUACAUCAGCUGGUAAGACUGUGAUUGCUGAAUAUGCAAUUGCGAUGGCUGCAAAGAAUAUGACGAGAGCAAUCUAUACGUCGCCAAUUAAAGCAUUAUCAAAUCAAAAGUUUAGAGAUUUUAAAAAUACAUUCAACGAUGUUGGUUUGAUCACUGGUGACGUAUCAAUUUCACCCUCGAGUAGUUGUUUAGUAUUGACUACAGAGAUUUUAAGAUCAAUGUUAUAUAAAGGUGCUGAUUUAAUUAGAGAUAUUGAAUGGGUGAUUUUCGAUGAGGUUCAUUAUUUAAAUGAUUUAGAAAGGGGUGUGGUUUGGGAGGAGGUUAUCAUUAUGUUACCACCAUAUGUGAAAAUGGUGUUCUUAUCAGCAACAGUUUCAAAUCCAUUAGAAUUUGCACAAUGGAUUGGUAGAACUAAACAAUUACCAAUCUAUGUAAUUGGUACAACUAAACGUCCUAUUCCAUUAGAACAUUAUAUUCAUACACCUUCAAAUGAAUUAUUUAAAAUUGUAGAUUCAAAUAGAAAUUUUUUACCAUCAGGUUAUAAUUCUGCAUAUAAUUCAUUAUAUAAAACAGAUAAUAAUAAAGGUGGUGGAGGUGGUGGUAGAGGUGGUCAUAAUCAACAACAACAACAAAGAGGUGGUAGUGGUAAUAAUAUAAGUGGUUGGUCAAAAUUAAUUAAUACAUUAAAAGAUAAACAACAAUUACCAGUUAUUAUAUUUUCAUUUAGUAAGAAUAAAUGUCAAGAGUAUGCUGGUAGUUUAGGACAAUCGGUUAAUUUAACUCAAGGUAAUGAAAAGAGUCAAAUUAGAGUUUUCAUUGAACAAUCAUUAGGUAGACUCUGUGAAGAUGAUAAAAGUUUACCACAAAUCUUACAAAUGAAAGAAUUAUUAGAACGUGGUAUUGGUGUUCAUCAUGGUGGUUUAUUACCAAUCGUGAAGGAAUUGGUUGAGAUUUUAUUCUCAAAGAGUUUAGUCAAGGUUUUAUUUGCAACAGAAACAUUUGCAAUGGGUGUGAAUAUGCCUGCUAAAACCGUGGUUUAUAGUAGUACUAGAAAACAUGAUGGUAUCACUUUCAGAGAUUUAAUACCAGGUGAGUAUACUCAAAUGUCUGGUAGAGCAGGUAGAAGAGGUUUGGAUAAAGUUGGUACUGUAAUCAUCACCUAUUGGAAAGACAUACCAGAACAAGCUACAAUCGAAUCAAUGAUACUCGGCACUCCGUCAAGAUUAAACAGUCAAUUCCGUCUAACUUAUAAUAUGAUUUUAAAUUUACUUAGAGUACCAGAUUUCAAAGUUGAAGAUAUGAUUAAACGAUCAUUUUCAGAAUUUUCAUCUCAAAAAGAAUUACCAGGUAUUGAAAAACAAAUUGAAAAGUUACAACAACAACAAAAACAAUUGGCUCAAGUCGAUUGUAUCUUGGGUGAACCUGAUAUUGAUCAUUAUUAUAAACUAUUCUCACAAGCAAAGAAAUAUAAUCAACAAAUUCAAAAUAUAAUUUUAAAUUUACCAAAUGAUAAUCAUUUAAGUAUUGGUAGAGUUGUAGUUUUAUCAACAUCAUCAAAUAUUGAAAAAGAAGUCAAUGAUGAUGAUGAUGAUGAUGAUGAUAAUAAUGAUGAUGAUGAAAUAUUUGAAAAUGAAAAAUAUACAAUUGGUUUAAUUUUAGAAUGUAAAUCAACUUUGAUAAAGCAAUAUACAAAUACAAAAGUUGAUAGAGUAUUUAAGAUUUUCUCUUUAAAAUUAAAGAUUGAAAAUGAUAUUGUACUUUGUGUUGGUAAUGAAAUUAUUACAUCAUCAGGUGGUAAAGAAAUUAUGAAAGUUUGUAAUGAAAAAUUACAAUUGAAACAAAGUGAUUUGAAAUCAAUUUUAGCAGGUGCUGAAAGUGGUGGUGAAAGUGAAAUUUUAAUAAACUCAUUAGAGCAACAAUUAUUGAGAUUAAUUGAAGAGUAUCCAUUACCAUUAGGUCCAAAAUCAAUUGACCCAAUUAAACAAUUGAAAUUGAAAGAUGUUGAUUUCGUCUCAACCUAUGAUCAUUUACAAUCGAUUGAAAAAUUAAUACCAGAGAGUAAAUGCCAUAAAUGUCCAAGAUUACAUGACCAUUAUGAACAAACUGAAAAACGUUAUCAAUUACAAUACGCAAUUCGUGAUGCUAAAUACACAGCAUCCGAUGAAAAUUUGAAAUUAAUGCCACAAUUUAAUAUCAGAUUAGAUAUUUUACACGAGUUGGGUUAUAUUGAUGAUGAGAAUACUGUCACUUUGAAAGGACGUGUUUCAAGAGAGAUUAACACUUGCGAGGAUUUAGUUAUCACUGAAUUAAUCUUUGAAAAUGCUUUCAUCAAUUUAGAACCUUCAGAAGUUGUAUCGGUUUUAUCUUGUUUAAUAUUCCAAGAAAAGGAUGCUGUUCAACCUUCACUUACACCACGUUUAGAAGAAGCAAAACAAAAUCUUAUCAAAACUGCUGAAAAAACUUAUAAAGUAGAAUCUGAUAAAGGUUUAGAUGUUGUACCUGAUGAUAAAUUAGAAACAACUCUUAAAUUUGGUCUUAUGCAAGUUGUGUACGAAUGGGCUAGAGGUACACCUUUCAAUGAUAUUUGUACACUCACAAAUGUUUUAGAAGGUUCAAUCGUUCGUGCUAUCACUAGAAUCGGUGAAACUUGUCAAGAAGUUAGAAAUGCUGCUAGAGUAAUCGGUGAUACUAAAUUACUUCAAAAAAUGGAAGAAGCAAUGAGAUUAAUUAAAAGAGAUAUCGUUUUCACUUCUUCUUUAUAUGUUAAUUAA